GGUCCGGGGCGUUAGGCGGAGUUCGGCGCGCUGCCAGGCCGGUGGGGGGCCCCGACGGGCUGCAGAUUCCCUCCGGCUCCCAGGAGCCGCAGCAGGACCGGCCAGGAAGCGCCAUGGAGGGGAGCCCCAUCCCGGUGCUGACCGUGCCCACGGCACCCUACGAGGACCAGCGGCCCACCGGCGGAGGGGGGCUGCGGCGGCCCACCGGCCUUUUCGAGGGCCAGCGCAACUACCUGCCCAACUUCAUCCAGAGCGUGCUGUCGUCCAUCGACCUGCGCGAUCGCCAGGGCUGCACCAUGGUGGUGGGCAGCGACGGCAGGUACUUCAGCAGGACGGCCACGGAGAUCGUGGUGCAGAUGGCCGCGGCCAACGGGAUUGGACGACUGAUUAUUGGACAGAAUGGCAUCUUGUCAACACCUGCCGUUUCCUGCAUUAUCAGAAAGAUCAAGGCAGCUGGUGGAAUCAUCCUAACAGCCAGCCACUGCCCUGGAGGACCAGGAGGAGAGUUUGGAGUGAAGUUUAAUGUUUCCAAUGGAGGUCCUGCGCCAGACGUUGUCUCAGACAAAAUUUAUCAGAUCAGCAAAACAAUUGAGGAAUAUGCUAUAUGUCCUGAUCUUCGAAUUGACCUGUCUCGACUAGGAAGACAAGAAUUUGACCUGGAGAACAAAUUCAAACCGUUUCGAGUGGAGAUAGUGGACCCAGUGGAUAUCUAUCUCAAUCUCCUUCGGACCAUCUUUGACUUCAAUGCCAUCAAAAGUUUGCUGACGGGGCCUGGGCAACUGAAGAUCCGAGUUGAUGCGAUGCAUGGAGUUAUGGGACCCUAUGUGAGAAAAGUCUUGUGUGAUGAGCUGGGAGCCCCAGCCAAUUCUGCAAUAAACUGUGUUCCCCUGGAAGAUUUUGGCGGGCAACAUCCUGACCCAAACCUGACUUAUGCAACGACCCUUCUGGAAGCUAUGAAAGGAGGGGAAUAUGGAUUUGGAGCUGCAUUUGAUGCUGACGGGGACCGUUAUAUGAUCCUAGGCCAAAAUGGCUUCUUUGUGAGCCCUUCCGACUCUCUGGCCAUCAUUGCCGCCAACCUCUCUUGCAUUCCAUAUUUCCGUCAGAUGGGGGUCCGAGGGUUUGGGAGGAGUAUGCCCACCAGCAUGGCCCUGGACAGAGUGGCCAAAUCAAUGAAGGUUCCUGUAUAUGAGACCCCAGCUGGAUGGAGAUUCUUCUCAAAUCUGAUGGACUCAGGACGGUGCUCGCUGUGUGGAGAAGAGAGCUUUGGCACUGGCUCCGAUCACCUCCGGGAGAAAGAUGGCCUUUGGGCUGUCUUAGUCUGGCUCUCCAUUAUCGCUGCCCGGAAGCAGAGUGUGGAGGAAAUUGUCCGGGAUCACUGGGCCAAAUUUGGCCGUCACUACUAUUGCAGGUUCGACUAUGAGGGGCUAGAGCCCAAGACAACAUACUACAUCAUGAGGGACCUGGAGGCGCUGGUCACAGACAAGUCCUUCAUCGGCCAGCAGUUUGCAGUGGGGAGCCAUGUCUACAGUGUGGCAAAGACAGACAGCUUUGAAUACGUGGACCCUGUGGAUGGCACCGUGACCAAGAAACAGGGCCUGAGGAUCAUUUUCUCAGAUGCUUCACGGCUCAUUUUCCGGCUCAGUUCCUCCAGUGGCAUGCGGGCCACCAUCAGACUGUAUGCAGAGAGCUACGAGAGGGAUCCCAGCGGUCAUGACCAGGAGCCUCAGGCAGUGCUGAGCCCUCUCAUAGCCAUCGCGCUGAAAAUAUCCCAGAUUCAUGAGAGGACCGGCCGGAGGGGUCCCACCGUCAUCACCUGAAGGGGGCAGAAUCACUCACCAGGGCCGAAGGAAAGCGCUUGGCGGGAGACACCGCACCCACGCCUUCUUGCUACCUGUUUGUGCCUCUUAUGACUUUGGGGGGGAAAGACACAAAAGCUAAUUUGCUGGUGGGGGGUGGGGGGAGUGGGUGGGAAAAGAAAACAAUCUGGUUUGUUUGGGUUUUGAUCAGUUCUUCCAAAUGCAAUAGGGUCUUCAGUUGUCUGUUAAAGCUGCACUAUCUUUUGUCACCUAUAUUUUAUCACACAAAGGAACCUCCCCUUUUGAGAAAGAGUAAGUGGGCUAGGAAACUGUUAGUCAUGACAUCUGGGCAUCGCUGGUGCCCAUGAGAAAAGGUUCUGAAAUGUAAUGGAGGGGAGAUCAGUGCCGCAGUUGAGCUGACCCUAAGCCACAGGGGCCCCGGGCAGCAGGGAGGACUUCGCUUUCAUCCAAGGUCAGGCUUUUUAUCCGGAAAUUUGUAGAACUAGCAGCCCCCCUCAGGCCCACCAACCGCCUGAGGGCCCGCUUUCCCACCCCCCACCCCAUCUCCAAAGUCCCUGUGCCACCUCCUCUCACGCCUUCUAGAGCUUUCUACAAAUCACAAUGGCACACUUUUAACGAAACAUAUCAAAGGGUGUUUUUUCUCUCUUAUUUUGUAAAUAUUAUUUUAGCUAUUAAGCUGGCUGCAUUCCUUCAAAUUCAGCCAUUCAUUAUGCAGGUGGGAAACGGUUUCUGGACAGGACUCUGCAAAUGAAUGCUUAGCAUUUCUCGGGCCCUUUCUUGAUUACAUCGCCUAGGGUGAUACAUGGGUGUACACUCAUUCCUCCCGGGGAGACAAAAUAUCACCAUGUCUGCGGUUUCUCUCUCUGCUAUCUUAUCUCCCAGUAAGGGCCUGUUUUGAUGCACUUGUUUGGACACAGUUCAGGUCUGACAUAUAAUGGCUGUAAAAGGAGGCAAUGAAAUACUGUAAAGGUAGGAAAUGAAGUGGGCGCUGGAGGAAAACCUUACUGGGGGUACAGAUACAGGCCUGAUGAGCGGAGGGCAGAGCGGGGACCCCUGCUGGAAGCAGAGGGUCACCGCUGGCUUUCUUUGCCCAGGAAAAGAAUAUUGCAGCUCUAGCAGCCUCCCUCUGCCUCAGCCAGGGCGCUGGGUGCACGAGACCGGUUUGCGUAUGUUUUGCUUCCUUGGGAACGGCACUCUCACUUGUGUCAUUUGCACAGAUGACGUGGUGCGCUUUGACUGUUAAGCAGUUUGUUAUUGCUGUAGUCAAGAUUAGGGCGAGCAGGGAAACAUUCCCCAUAAGGGGUUUGUUUCCAUUUUCUAUCUAUGCUUCUGUCAGAAAUGUGCUAGGACAUUUAGUAUCCAAUAAAAAAGAAAUUCCUUAUUUCAUCCUUAUGCAAA